AUGGGGCAAAUGCAGGGAACUAGAGUCUUUUCUAAGAUUGACUUGAGGUCUGGUUAUCACCAGAUUAGGACGUCAGAAUAUAAGGAGCGUUUUCAAGCCUUGAAGCAGAAACUGACUACAUCGAUUGUACUUGUGUUACCUGAGCCUAAUGAGCCUUUUAAGAUAUAUUGUGAUGCGUCAUUGAAAGGUCUGGGGUGUGUGCUGAUGCAACACCGUAAUGUCAUGGCGUAUGCUUCUCGACAGUUGAGACUGCACGAAGUAAAUUACCCGACUUAUGACCUGGAGCUUGCUACGACGAUGGUUAAGGAAGAAAAGCUAUUGAGAGAGUUUGAGAACCUCAACAUGGGCGUCAGAGAAGUAGCAGGUAAUCUAUGUUUGAAUCAGUUGCAUAUCUCUAGUGACUUCAAAGCUGAGAUUCAGAAGGCUCAGCUGAAUGAUUAG